AUGAUUCAAAAAUCGUCUAUUCUCUUUUUACUCGUGGCAAUGAGCUCCGCCACAUCGGUGCUCAGCCGAUAUUUUAGUGAGGCUGAUGGUGUCCCACUGGCUAGAAAUCCAUUGGAAGACGCAAGGGUUUCUGAUGCAGAUGUUGGUAUGAAAUCGGAUUUGUUUAUCGGGUCAUUCGGAGGACGACCAAUUGUGACUAGACAGGAGAACACUUUUAUUGAUCAGGAUGGUGUCCCCGUACCAAUGCUCCCAUACCACAAGACCUACAAAAACUCUGACAACUUGACUGCCUACAAACGAUUCAUGGAAAGAUCACGCGGCGCGCCGACCCCAGUUUAA